CAGUGCGGUUGGGUACAACGCAGUCACUCCAUCGAAAAUAAUAAGAACAAAUAAACUUUAAACUGUACUAACAUGGACAACAAGCAGCCACCUCCGUACAGCGAACAAUUCCAGCCAGGCUAUACGCCUGCGCAGACAUUUCAGCCACAGGGACCAACGCAGCCCCCGCUGUACCCGCCCAUGCCACAGCCACCUCAGCAGUCCACCGUCAUCAUACAGACAACGACGACCUCCAACCUGGUGCCCAUUGGAAGUGGUCCGACGCGCAUUCGAUGUCCCUCUUGCCACGCCGAAGUUGUCACCACGGUUAAGAGCACUCCUUCGGGACGCACUCACUGCUGGGCAUUGAUCUUGUGCCUUUUCAUCUGUUGGCCCUGCGUAUGUCUUCCCUACUGCAUGGAUUCCUGCCAAAACGCCAAUCAUUACUGUCCCAACUGCAGUUCAUACAUUGGCACAUACGAGAACUAGUCUGGUGGUGGUUUUCCACUUGAUUUCAAACGUAUCUAAAACCACAAAAAUUAAUAAUAAUAAAAGUAAUUAUAAUAUCUAUGAAUUUAAA